CGCAAAUUUGAUGGGAGAGUAAAAAAACACAAACACAAGAGAUUCCUAUCAGAAAAUACUUUUUGUCCUUUUGGUGUUGUUGUUGCAGACCGUGGUGUAUUAAGAAAGUUGGGAAUUGAAAUUCCAUCAAAAGUUUUGUGUUUCUGCGAUAUUCCAUCGAGAUGGUUGUUGUUUGAUGUGCGGUAAAUUCGUAGUGCAGUGCGGUUUCAUUAAAGGAUUAAAGGCGAUGCGACGUGAGGAAAAAACGGUUAACACAAUAAAAUAAAACUAAACGAAUGAACCAACCACAUAAUAAAAAAUAUAUAUUUAUCUGAAGGAUAAAAGUGCUAGAGUGAAUGUAAUAGAACAGUGAGUGUGUGGUUCCGAAUGCGGGUGUGUGUUUUAGUGAUUUAAAACUGAAAAGUAUGUGUGACGUCUAAAAAGAAUCAAAACGUACCACAGUGCAAUUUAAAACAAAUUUGAACUUAGAAAAAACAAAAAGAAAACAAGCGCCAUCUAUCAUAGAUAACCUACGUCACUUAGUGAGCAAGUAGAGUAAAUGUUCUGAUAGAGCAUUUAUACCAACAUUCAAGAUUGGGAUUACGUUUGUUUUGCAUCAGUUGACACCAUAGAAAAAUGAAAACUCGUUUGGUCUCCCUAACAUACCGUGGCUCGGCCUCGGUGGAUCCACGCUAUUCCGCGGCCAUGUUGCCCUGGACUAUCAACGAUAUACGAUCAACGGAAAGCUAUUCGAAGCUUUCUGUUGGCAUUGAAAAUGGCAAUCUGGAGUCCUACAAUUCUGACUUUGAAUUGCAAUUCAGCCAUCCCCUAAAGCACAUUGUCGGCAUGUGCCGCAUCGUUCACAAACAGGGUGGCAAACAAGUUGGCAAUGGAUUUAUGCAGCUCAAGACACCCCAACAACAGCAUCCGCCACAAACUCAAUUGAAUGGCAGCUCUAACGGCAACAUUGCCGGUCUCACAGCGUCCAAUGGUUUCAAGUCAACUUUGAAAACAUCCACCUCUUAUGGGUCAUUGUCAUCGAGUGCUGCAGCCUCAUACCAACAGCAGCAAUUGCAGCAUCAACAACAACUUGCCCACGAAGCCAAUAAUUCGGGGGAUAAUGGGGUGCCCAAUAAUUUCAUGGAAUUCACUGGUCCCAUAACAGGUCUGGUGUAUCUGAUGAAAGAGCCCAAGGAUCCCUUGCUGCACAUUUAUCUUUUCGAGUGCGACGCCGUAGAAGAGAUGGCCGAAUUGAUGCAUCAAAUGCGUGAUCCUGCCCAUACCCUGGGUGGAUCUGUGGGCAGUAUACCUCAGACAUUGGUGGCCAACAACAAUUCGGCAGGUGAUUUGUCCAUGCAAAAGGUCUUGACCAGCAAUGGGGUACACACAACACCGGCUUCUAAUCUUAAAAUGGCCGAGGCCAUGCGUCAAGCACAACGUGAAGCUAGUCCAAAUGUGACCGCAUCAACAUCAUCCAAAAUGAAAUCCUCAAAAUCCUAUACACAUGGUCUCAGUAAUUCCGCAGGAACGGUAAACAUUCCAACCUCUACCUCAGCUCAAAGUAAUCUCUCGCUCCUCGCCGAUAUUUCACCCAAUCACACUCACUUCUUUGAGGUUAUGUAUGUGGGCAAGAUACGCGUGUCCCACAAACGUGUCCCCUACUCUUUUAUCGAUGAUGCUUUGCCCAAGUUUCGAGCAUACGACGCCCAGCGUCAGCGUCUUAUGCAAAUGUCCACAAAUCGCAAAAUGUCCAUGAAUAGUGAGGGAGCGUUGGUUAGUGCCGCACCUGCGAUGGAUAUGAAAAAUGGCACCCUUAAAGAUCACGAUGUCAAGGAGGAAGAUGAAGAGGCAGCCGAACGUGAAGAUGCCAAACGUUUGGAGGAUGAUAAAGAUGAAGUUUUUGUGACAGUCUCGGGUACUGCAGCGUCUUCAGGCGAGGAGGGUGGUGUUGGCGUUGGUAGCGGUGGUGAAACAGAUCUCAGCAGCGAGAGUGAUACCAAACAGACAGAUGAUAAUAAUAAGGAGAAUAAAUCGCCACCUUCUCGGCUAAUGCGUGGCAUCAGUCAAUUGGAUAUACCCAUUAAAAGGGAGGAUAAGGAGAAUUUAAAUGAUUCUCAGACCAUUGAUGAAAAUGAGCCAUUGCCCAGUAAUGUUAUAAUCAAUAAACAUCCAUCGCCGCCAAGACAAGAACAGGAGCAGGAAGAGUCAAUGACUCCAAUGGCAACACAACAGCCAACACAACCAAAUAAUUCCACACAGCAACAACAACAACAACAGCAGCAGCAACAACAAUUACAUCCUAAUUAUGGUUUGGAUAACUUGCCCAAGCAACGUGAUCGCUCGGCUUCUUAUGGCUGCAUACCACCCUAUGUUGAACAAAAUCGCACCAUGGUCUUUCUGGUGGGUCGCUCUGACCUGCGUCUAAUCUCGCCCGAUCGCAAGCAGGUCUUGCUCUACAAAGAUUUCAAGGAUGUGGCCAGCUGUGCCCAAGGCCAAAAGAAUGCCGAUCAUUUUGGCAUUAUAUGUCGUGAGGCCCACAAUGAUGGCUACAUAGGCUAUGUCUUCAAAUGCCAAUCGGAUCAUGUGUGCGAUGACAUAGUGGCCGCCAUUUCUCAGGCCUUUGUCACUUGUGCCGAACAAAAGAAAAAGGAGGCCACCCAGAUAUUCUCUUGCGAUCAUUGUCCCAUGCUGUGGUAUCACAAACUGUGUGCCGAUGUUGAGGGUUUGAGCGAGAAGAAGACCCAGAAUAUGAUUUUCAGACGCAUAGAGACUCUCAGCGACGAUGAGCAGGAUACCAUAUGGGCUAAGUUUUAUGGUUCGGAAAAGAUGACAGCUCCCCUGCAGGAGCAAAAUCAAUUUCUAAUGAUGCUUUUGAGGGCCCAUUGUGAGUCGCGACAGCAAAGGCAUGUUCAUGAUACCGCAGAGAAUAGAUCGGAAUUCCUCAAUCAAUAUUUGGGUGGUAGUACCAUAUUUAUGAAGGCCAAACGAUCGCUUACCAACUCGUUUGAUCAUUUGCUGAAGAGGAAGGCCUCCAAAGAUGACAUGGGAGCGAAUUUGCAAGUCAAGGAGCAUAAGAUAAGGGAAAGCUCAGCGGAGCCUAAAUUGGAGAGUUCGGGGGGAGAUACAUCGCCGCCAGAAGGCUUUCGCUCCAGAUCAAAUACCAUAGGUGGCACAAGUCCCAGCAAACCGCAGGCGGAGCAAUUGAAAUCGCCCAUGAUGGAUAUAUUCAUGAAAGUGGGCAAUAGCCCCAAAGAGGCCGAGGCCCAUCAGGGCUCCUGGCGCCAAGCCAUAUUGAAUAGUGUGGUAACUCCUUCCAAGGGCCUAGAUUCAGCAGAUGGACAAUCGGAAUAUUUGUCGCCCAUGAGAAUAACACAACCCAAAAUUGGCAAACGCACCCGUGAAGAGCUUCGCGAACUCUGGAAAACCGCCAUUCGUCAGACCAUUUUGCUCAAUCGCAUGGAAACCGAAAAUGCCAUGCUGCAGGCCAGACAAAAUGAAAAUGAAUUGAAACGCAUGAAAUUGGACUAUGAGGAAAUAGUGCCCUGCGACAAGCAGCUUAUCGAUCGCUGGGAAAUGUUCAUUGAGCGUGACUCCAUGAAGAUAGGCAAUAAGAAGGAUCCCAAAGUCUUGGCCCAGGCCAUUAAGACAGGAGUGCCCCGCUCCAAGCGUGGCGAGGUCUGGUCCUUUUUGGCCGAGCAACAUUCCAUGUAUACCGCCCCGGUGGAUACCAAGAAAUUUCCCAAUUUCAAUACCCCCUAUCAUGCUUUGUUGAAAAAUCUCACCGAACAUCAGCAUGCCAUAUUCAUAGAUUUGGGUCGUACCUUUCCCAAUCACAAAUUCUACAAGGAUCCCUUGGGCUUGGGUCAGCUGUCCUUGUUUAAUCUAUUAAAGGCCUAUUCGAUAUUGGAUCCGGAAUUGGGUUAUUGCCAGGGUCUGGGUUUUAUAUGUGGUAUACUGCUAUUGCAUUGCGAAGAGGCUGAGGCCUUCCAACUGCUGAAGCAUUUGAUGUUCCAUCGUCAAAUGCGCACCAAAUACUUGCCCGAUAUGAAAAAGUUCCAAUUGCAAUUGUAUCAAUUGUCUCGCCUGGUCAAGGAUCAUUUGCCUGAUCUCUAUGUUUGGCUCGAUCAAAAUGAUGUCUCACCCACACUGUAUGCUGCUCCUUGGAUCUUAACCGUCUUCAGUUCACAGUUCCCCUUGGGUUUUGUGGCCCGUGUCUUUGAUUUAAUGUUCUUGGAGUCAUCGGAGGUUAUAUUCAAAUUUGCCAUUGCAUUACUCACUGUCCAUGAAUCGGAGUUGCUGGCUCGUGAUAAUUUUGAGGAGAUUAUGGAUUAUUUGAAGACAGUGGUGCCGAAAAUCGAUGCUAAAACCAUGGAAAAAGUUUUGAAAAUGGUCUUCACAUUGGACAUCAACAAACAGUUAAUGGAAUAUAAUGUGGAGUAUAAUGUGUUGCAGGAGGAGAUAACCUCCACAAACCAUCACUUGGAUAUGCUAAAUCAAGAGAAGUCAAGGAAUCAACAUUUGGAGCAGCAGCUACAGUUCGCUCAAUCUUCAAUAGUGCAAUUGGAGAAGACACGGUCCUCGCAACAAUCCCAAAUAACCAAUCUACAAUCCCAAGUUCAAUCCCUGGAAUUGACAAUACAAACCUUGGGGCGCUUUGUGGGCCACUUGGUCGAAAGAAAUGCUGAUUUGGAAAUACCACAGGAAGUACGUCGCGUGCUGCAGCAAUUGGAUGAUCUCGAUCGGCAAAGGCGCCGUCCCCUGUUCACUGAACGCAAAAUAGGCAAAUCAAUUUCGGUCAAUAGUCAUUUGGGGUUUCCACUCAAAGUCCUCGAAGAGUUGAACGAAAAAGAAGAACAUGGUUCGCCCCAAAAAACCAAGAAGACACCCUAUUUUGAGAAAUCUUACGAGCAGUUAAGGCAACAGAAACUGAAUCGCUUGGAUGGUGGUGGGGGCGCCAGCCUACUCUCCUCGGCAGUCAAUAAUGAGGUGGGCUCACUAUCGCCCACCCGGCAGAGGACGACAACGCCUCUUUCCCCCGAGUUGACUAAGCAAUCAUCUCGCCAGCACAUACAACAAAGGCCCAAUCGUUUGUACGACGACAAGGGUGCACCCAAUUUGCAGGAAAUGCAAACGCGUCUGGAUGAAUUGAAGCUACCCGAACAUGUUGAUCGUUAUAUGGCCAGCAUUAAGAGCCCUUUGGAGGUGGACAGUGGUGUGGGCACCCCCCUCAGUCCACCCAGCACCAGCAGCAAUAGCAGUCAAUGUAGUUCCUUAAGCACUGGCAGCAUCUUCAGUCGCAUGGGCUACAAGAGUACCCCAGCAGUAUUUUCACCCAAUGCUAGCCGCCAUUUGUACAGCGGCAAUAGCGAAACGAUUUCGGUUACAUCUCCUGCAAAGGCCGCCCCAGCCAAUCAGGCCGCCGAAGCCAUGCUGCCCGAACUCAAUAAAACCGAGGCCAUGCAUCCACUAAGCAUGGUGGGCGAAGUCAAUGUACGCUUCAAUGGCACCACCCAAUUGAAAUCGAUAAAGCCCAUGCACUAUGUCAAGUCCAUGUCCAGUGCUGCGAGCAUUUUAAGUGCCAGCAGCCCGGAAAGUGAGACUCCAGCGACGACGGAGACUUCUAACAGCAGCAUUACCACAAAAGCCACCCCGCUGGCAACCUCAGAAAUGGCUCAAAAUGUUACUGGGGCCGGUGCAAGCUAACGGUUUUGAUUCAUAACGAAGUUCUUGCGCAGCUUCUACUGAGCACAGUGUGGUGGAUCAACCAACCGCCCCUCCAAAACUGAUUAGUCAAAUUUCCGUUCAAGCAAAGAAGAGAAGCCGAAGAAACCCCAACUUCAGAAAAAAAUAACAAAAAGAUUUUGAGAAAAUCAUGCAUAAAUAAUUGUUUAACCAGCCCCAACGCAAAGCCGAAAGCAGCAAGCAAGAAAUCAGAAACCUGAGCUUAAUGUUUAUAUAUAAAAGAAAUAAGCCCUUAAGAUAUAUGCUUCAAUUUAUGGUUAAGAUAUAUAAGAAUAGCCUACACACACCCCCUUACAAGUGGAGUGUGGCUUAAGGGAGAUGAGUGGAGAGAAAGAUGUAGGAAAUUCAGCACUUUCACAAUUUUGAUAGAAGACAAAAGAUGGCAUAACGCAAUAUUUGCCUCA